CCCCGCCCCGUCACCUCCCGUACGGCCGUACCUCCCCGCGUCUCCGCUGCCUGGGGUCGCUGCGGCCUGCGGAGACGGUUGGUGGCUGCAAUUCGUUGGUGGUGGCUACUACGAGCGCGAGGAUGGUGACUGCGAUUCGUUGGUGGCCAGUGAUCUUUAGCGGCUGAACAAUGGUGAAUAAUGGCCCCGAGUUACUCGUCCCCUUCCAAGCAUGCCGGGAGAUCAGGCUGUUUGUUGCUUGCUUUGGAGCUGCACGCGAUUGAGUUGAGUUGCUUGCUUCCAAAAUUUUGCGAUUGAGUUGCAGACAAGAACAUGAGCAGGCACACGUACACGCACACGCAACAUGUGAGACAGCCGCCCGAGCUCCUUCUUCACCACCUGCUUGGCUGCUUGCGCCCGCAUUCAAUGCCCCGUCUACUCCCCCUCCAACCUCAAAACCGCUCGCCCGAGUUUUCCUCCCCACGCAAAGAUCAGAGACCACGAGAGAGAGGGAGGGAGGCCACGGAUGUCGUGGUCGGAGGAUUGGGAUCGCAAGGACGAAAUGCCCGUCGACGAGCGCCUUAAGGUUCUUGCAGCGGAAGCAGGAGAGCCGAAGCGGAAGCGACCAAGACCCUGUGACGUCGCCGUAGGCGUCGCCGGAGGAGGACGACCGGCGGAUUCCGGAAGCGCUAGCGUCGAGAAGGAGGAGCCCUCCUCCGGUGCGGCGGCGGCGUCGCGCGUGCGGCCGGAGAGCGCGGCGGCGGCGACGACGGCCGUGGCGGUGGAGGACACCGACGCCCUCGAUUGCGGCGUGUGCUUCCUCCCUCUGAAGCCCCCAAUCUUCCAGAACUGAGAGCGAGAGGGAGAGAAGGGAGGGGUGCGGGCGCGGAUGGAGACGUUCUCGUUUGGUGAUCACCUACGCGCGAGGCUUGCAGCGGCAGCACAAGUGAAGGAGCGGAAGCGGGCAAGAAUGAUCACCUCCGCCUCCGGUCCGUCGUCGUCGGUGCCGCCGGCAGGUGGCGUCGUGGCGGUGGAGGACACGGACGCCCUCGACUUCGGCGUCUGCUACCUUCCGCUGAAGCCCCCCAUCUUCCAGGUAGUCCUCAUCCUACAUGCGCUCGCACCUGUUCAUGCUUGCUUCCAGUGCAGGUAGGCAGACAGAUCGUUGCAUAAUUUAGCACCUUUUUUUCAAGAGGCAAAGAUUUUUGACACUCCAGAGCCACAAGUGAACUCUCUGAUGACGGAGUUUAGCACUAGAAUAGGUAUAUAACUUCCACUAUGGUAUACGACCGCCUACUACAAUUGUAUCUCUAUUUAAAUACUAAAAUUGUACAAACAUAAGCAUUUCUUGCUUGAAAAAAGAUCUUUUGAGAGUGUACAGUGUAGGUGAAGGAUACAUCAAAUUUUUUCUCUGAACAAUCUUGCAUAUAAUGAUAUAAAACUGAUCCAUUUCCUGAAUAUAUAUUUUCCUGAAUAUAUAUUGAUCCUGGGGCCUGGGCUAAUGUGGAUGCUCCAUGCCCGCGGUGUGACGUGGGGCAUGUGGUGUGCUCGUCGUGCCGUGACAAGCUCAGGGAUAACCGCAAGUGCCACGUGUGCCGCGGCUCCACCGGUGGCUUCCGCCGGUGCCACGCCAUGGAGCGCCCGGUGGAGUCCGCCCGCGUCGCGUGCCCGAACGCGGCCUACGGCUGCGCGGCCAGGCCUGAUUCUAUCUCUGUUCUUUUACUGUGUCUGUGCCACGCCUGAUUCGGUGAUUUAGUGAGCAGCAAGGGCAGGAAGGCCCAAUCACCGAUUGGGCCAUUUCGUUACUGGGCCAGGAGCCUGUGCCGCCGACCAGCGCCUGUGCUUGAAGAAAACCAAUGCUUCCAAACGAGGAUGCCGUUGAACUCUGUCACUGUCACGUGGGAAGCACAAGGAAUCUGCGAUAGAGUCGAGGUCUCGAGGAUGCCACCUCCAGAGUAGAUAAAUCAACGGCAAAUGGAUUAACGGGCUGUCCACUCCGUGUUCACAUGGAACACCCCGAGUCAGAGACCGACCCCUUCCCUCCCCUACCAGCUGGAUCUGGACGGAGACGCCAGGAGCACUUUCCUCACUGACUCACUGUGGAUCCCCCGGCCAAGAGCUGGUGGCAGAAUUAGGAGCCACCUGCUGAGCUUGUUGCUUGCAGCAUGGAGCUGGUGAUGGGGGCGAUGGGAAGCCUGCUUCCCAAGCUUGGCGAGCUGCUCAAGGAGGAGUACGGCCUGCAGAAGGGCGUGAGGAAGAAGAUCCAGUCCCUCUCGCAGGAGCUCGAGGCCGUGCACGCCGUCCUCCGCAGGAUCGGCGACGUGCCACCGGAGCAGCUCGACGACCUUGUCAAGCUCUGGGUGCGCGAUGUCAGGGAAUCAUCCUACGACAUGGAGGACAUCGUCGACACGUUCCUGGUGUGCGUCGAUGAUGGCGCAGAGCCUGCCGACCCACACAGGCUCAGGCGCCUCCGGAAGAAGGUGGGCGGUCUGUUCAAGAAGAGCAAGGCUCGCCGAAAGAUCUCUUGCCUGAUCCAGGAGAUCUACGAGAAGCUUGACGAGGUGGCAGCAAGGCAUGGUAGGUUCACCGUCGACAGCAUUGUAGCCAAGCCUGCAGCUGCGACGACCAUCGAUCCUCGAAUUCUGAAUCUGUUCAAAAGGGCAACAGAGCUUGUUGGCAUCGAGGGGCCAAAGGAUAGGCUCAUAAACAUGCUGUCCCUAGGGGGUGAUGUUGAUAUGCCCCGUAAGAAGGCGAUGAAGGUCGUCUCGGUCGUUGGAUUCGGAGGGCUGGGCAAGACCACUCUUGCCAAAGCUGUCUACGACCAGCUUAAACUGCAUUUCGAGCGUAGUGCUUUUGUUCCAGUGGGUCGGAACCCUGACGUGAAGAAAGUUCUUAGAGACAUUCUCAUUGAUCUUGACAGGGGGAAGUAUGCCAACUCAGAUUUAAUGGUGCUGGAUGAAAAGCAGCUCAUGGAAGAACUUGAGGAAUUCAUCAAGGAAAAAAGGUGUUUCAUUGUUAUUGAUGAUAUAUGGGACAAGGAAUCAUGGAAACUAAUCAGAUGUGCUCUGCAAGACGGUCAUUGUGGAAGUAGAGUAGUCGUAACAACUCGUACUUAUGAAGUGGCUGCACAGGCAGACCAAGAGUACAAAAUACAACCACUUUCUUGUGACAACUCUAAAAAGUUAUUGUAUGCAAGAAUAGCUGAUGGUGAAGGGAAGUACUUUGAUAGUCCAUCGGCUGAGGCAUGUGACAAAAUUUUGAAGAAAUGUGGUGGUGUGCCAUUAGCUAUCAUUACAAUAGCCAGUUUGUUAGCCAGUAAACCAUGGAAGGACUGGUCUGAGAUCUACAACUCUAUUGGUUUUGGGCAGGGACGCAAUGAUGAUGUAGAUAAUACUAGAAAGAUAUUGUCUUUCAGCUAUUAUGAUCUGCCUUCACAUCUAAAGCCUUGCUUACUGUACCUAAGCAUAUUUUCAGAAGAUCAAGAGAUAGAGAAAAAUAGAUUGAUAUGGAUGUGGAUAGCUGAAGGUUUUGUCGUCCAUGAGGAACAAGCAGCAGGCAUUGGAUCAUUUGAGCUCGGGGAGAGGUACUUCAAUGAGUUGAUAAACCGAAGCAUGAUCCAGCCAGUGGAGAGACUUGAGAAAGGGUAUGUAGAUGGUUGCUGUGUUCAUGAUAUGGUUUUUGAUUUGGUCCGCUCAUUGUCGAGCCAAGAAAAUUUUGUCACGGUAUUGGAUGGCGAUGAUGAGCGACAGAAACUUCCGGGAAGCAUUGCUCGCAGGAUAGCCCUGCAGCGGAUCGAACAGCGCAGCGGCGGUCAACUGCUAGCUAAUAUUGCUGUGGAUAAAAUAAGAUCCUUUAUUACCAGUGAGUGCAAUUUUGGUCCGUCAUCAUGCCCACACACUCCAGUUUUACGUGUAUUAGAUAUGCAAGGUUGUUACAAUGGAGAAAAAAUACACGAAGGUAUGAUAAAUCAUCUUGGGAGUAUGCUUCACCUGAGGUACCUCCGGUUAGCAUCACCAGUUGGAGAAACUAAUAUCAAACUGCCCAGGGAAGUGAGAUAUCUCAAGUUUCUGCAGACACUGGAUUUAUGGGAAUUCCGCAUAAAUGAGCUGCCCGAGGAUGUGGGACAGCUGACGCAACUGGUUUGCCUACAUGUUGGUCCGGGAACAAGGAUUCCGGAUGGUUUGAUAGGUAAACUGACCUCGUUGCAAGAGCUGGUGAGAUGGCUUCCUGCUGAUGAUGAUUAUGAUGAUGCUAGAAGAAUGCAGUUUGUGAAGGAGCUGGGCAUGCUGAGGGAACUGAGGGUGCUCCGCACUAAAAUUCAUGUCACGGAUGAGAGCAUGGAGAGAGCUUUGCUGGAGUUCCUAGGCAAUCUGCACAAUAUCCGGAUGAUGCGCAUUGAUGGCGCACCGCUAUAUGCUUUUGAGAGCAUGACGAGUCAUGAAGGAUUCAUCACCUGUCGUCAUCUCCAAUUGCUGCAUUUAUACUGCCUCGUGUUCUCUGGACUGCCUAAGUGGAUAAAUCCAUCGCUUGCUCCAAACCUCUCCUAUCUGUAUGUGCGAGUGCAAGCUGUUAAAGGGCAGGACAUGGAAAUCCUUGCGAGGUUGCCAGAGCUCCGUAGCCUCACACUGAUAUUGUGUGAUGAAACCAAAUUAGUUAAUAUAAAGAUUCCUUGCACGGCUCAAGGUGUUGGCUACUACUUUCGAAAGUUGAGAAUCUUGAAGAUCGGUGGUGCACCUUCCUGGUUUGAUCUGCGCGAUUGCAUCAGCAACGGCAGUGUUGCAUCUGCUAUCAUGCCAAGUCUUGAAUCCCUUGAGUUUAAAGUCAGUGUGCGGCUCCUAAAAGAUGCGGCCAUGCUUAGUUUUGACAGGUUGCUUAUUGGUUUCGAGACCCUCGGAAGAACAUCGCUCCAGAGUGUCACCGUGAGAGUGAACUGUGAAGGUGCCCGUAUUUUGGACGUGGAGGAUGUGGAGGAUGCGUUGGAGCGCACGGCCGCCGUCCAUCCCAAACGUCCCUAUCUUGGAACAGCACGGGAGCAGGAAGAAGAAAUGCUCUCAUCAACCUACCAAGAGGCACGUAUGGAUGUUAGCAGAACCCCUGACUUCGUACUGAAGGCCUGGAAGUCGGCGGACAUCGUUGACUUUGGACAUAUUCGAGCACUGCAUAUUCCACCAGAUCCAGAAGCAUCUUCCACCAAAGUUCUCCAUCUUCUGUAUGCAAAUAAGGGGAAAUAUCUUUUGACUCUCAGCUCCAAUGCUACUCUUAAGCUGUGGAAAUGGGGGCCCAGUGAAAAAAAUCCUCGUGGCAGGCCCACCACAUCUGUUCCACCACUACUGUGGAAACCGAAAGAAGACAUUCUAAUGACAAACGACACAACUGAAGCCAACACUGGAGCGGCAGUUGCCUGCAUUGCCCUAUCAAAAAAUGAGUGCUAUAUAGUUUCUGCAUCUGGUGGCAAAAUCUCGCUGUUCAACGCGAAGACAUUCAAGGUCUUGACUACUUUCAUGGCACCUCCACCUGCAUCAACUUUCCUCGCACUCUACCCACAAGACAAUAACAUCAUUGCUAUUGGGAUGGAGGACUCUUCAAUUCAAAUCUAUAAUAUCUACACUAAUGAGGUCCAAAGGGUGCUUAUGGGCCAUCAGAAAAAGGUAACUGGACUGACAUUCUCGCAAUCGAUGAACGUGCUUGUAUCUUCAGGCGCUGAUGCUCAGCUAUGUGUUUGGAGCACUCACAAUUGGGAGAACAAGAAAUCAAGAUACAUCCGACCUCCAUCUAAUGGUUCUGCUUUAGUUGGUGAUACAAUGGUGCAGUUUCACUAUGACCAAACACAUCUUUUAGUAGUUCAUGAGAGCCAGUUGGCGAUCUAUGAUGGGAAGCUUGAAUGCCUACACUUGUGGUCCCCAAGAGAUGCACUCCCUUCUCCAAUUUCAAGUGCAGUAUACACAUCUGACGGUCUCUUGGUCUACGCGGGAUUUCGCGAUGGAGCAAUUGGAAUAUUCGAAGCGGAAUCUCUUAGGUUACGAUGCAGGAUUGCAGCUUCAGCCUAUAUACCUUCUUCAGUAUCUAGCGGAGGUGGAGUCGUGUAUCCCAUGGCUGUUUCUGUGUAUCCCUGGCUGAAUCCUAACCAGAUUGCACUCGGCAUGAGCGAUGGUGCCGUUCAUGUGCUGGAGCCAUUGGAAGACUAAUCGGCCGGCAAGGUGACCUGCUGGUCAGCGGUGCAAAAUAAAUGUGGUUGUAGGCUGGAUGGCACUGUAUAUGUGCUCGGCCUAUGAUUACGUACAGAUUCAGUUAACUAUUCGGCUUGUUUGUUAGAUAUUAGGUCAAAAAAGAUUUAUAGAUUUUAUGCACCUAGUUGCGUGUACAACAACGCUGGAUUUUCUUGAGACCUUUGCACAACUAAGGCAGCACAAUGGACUUACACGUAUUCCUCUUGGAUCUGUAUGUCUGCUGCGUAUAUUUGCAUUAUAAAAGUUAGUCCUUGCUGUUUGGUUAUAA